AAAUAACCCGAGAGUCCAAACAAGCAAGACCGCCUUUAUAUAGCGACGAGUGUCACGCCUGGGACACUUGUCCUUCUCUCCCCUCUCUACCAUCUCUCUCUUUGAUCCUUUCAGGUCUUUUCCUUUCUCAAAAAGGAAAUAGUGAAAGUAAGAUAAAAAUUAAAAAUUUCAAGGUUCAUAACUUGAUUUGAGAAGGAAAGUAAGAGAUGGGGUCUCGGAUGAACUUUGUUGAUGUUGUGAGAGAUGAGGUUAUCAACGCAAAGCAGCCAGCUUUGGGGAGUGGUCUUCCCUUGACGAGGCAGAACUCGGUGUUCUCGUUAACCUUUGAUGAGUUUCAGAACUCAUGGGGUGGUGGGAUUGGGAAGGAUUUUGGGUCCAUGAACAUGGACGAGCUCUUGAAGAACAUAUGGACUGCUGAGGAAAGCCACUCAAUGAUGGCCAACAACACUGUUAUGAACAGCGGUGGAGGUUUGUCUGUUGGUGUGGGAGGAGAAGUUGGUGGUUGUGGUUUGCAGAGACAAGGUUCAAUUGCCUUGCCUCGUACGAUUAGUCAGAAAAGGGUUGAUGAUGUCUGGAAGGAGCUGAUGAAGGAGGAGGAUGACACUGGAGCAAGUGGAGUUCCUCAGAGGCAGCAAACGUUGGGAGAGAUGACUUUGGAGGAGUUCUUGCUCAAGGCGGGUGUGGUCAGGGAAGAGCCUCAACAACAUGUGGAGAGGCUUGAUAACUUCAAUGGUGGGUUCUAUGGAUUUGGCAGUAAUGCAGGUCUAGGUUCAGCUCCUAAUGAGUUUGGUCCUAACCAGCCUUAUGGAGUCACAGUGAGACCGGAUCUGCUGAAAAUUCAAGCUCAGCCUCUGCAGAUGCAGCAGCGGCAGCAACUGAUACCCAAGCAGGUUGAACCUUUUCCCAAACAGACGACUGUGGCCUUUUCUAACACUGUUGGUUUGGACAACCGUUCUCAACCUCCAACACAGUACCAGGAAGUGAAGCCUUCAAUCCUUGGAGUUCGGCCUAUGAACAACAAUAAUCUUCAAGCUGUUGAUUUUAAAACAGGAGUUACGGUUGAGGCAGUAUCUCCUGGAAGCCAGAUGUCACCUGAUCUGACUCCAAAGAGCAACAUGGAUGCAUCUUUGUCACCACCUGUUCCUUACAUGUUUGGUCGAGCAAGAAAAACAGGCGCAGUCCUGGAGAAAGUGAUUGAGAGGAGGCAAAAAAGGAUGAUUAAGAAUAGGGAGUCAGCUGCAAGAUCCCGCGCUCGCAAGCAAGCUUAUACGUUGGAGUUGGAGGCAGAAGUUGCACAACUUAAGGAGACGAAUGAAGAGUUGCAUAGGAAACAAGUUGAAAUCAUUGAAAAGCAGAAAAAACAGCUUCUGGAGCCAAUGCACCAGCCAUGGGGAUGCAAAAGACAAUGCUUGCGAAGGACAUCGACGGGUCCUUGGUAGAGAGGCUAUGAAGGCGCGCCCAAGGAACUCAACAAAGAGCAUAAGUUAUAGAACAACACAGAACGUAGAAGCUAGCUUUGUAUGUAACUUAGGCCUAUGUGACAGAGACAGAUGAAUAACACUCUUUUGUUCACUUUUCUUGUAGCAUCUUUUUUGUUUGUUUUCCUGAUGUAAUGGAUCUUGAUGUUGCUUUACUGGACGUGUCAAUGUCUUGAACACUUUUGUGGCUUAACUAGAGUGGAUUUAUCUUGUAACAUAUA